CAACCACACCUACUUCGAGGUCUUCGAGUUCAGAUUCAUCAUUUAUUUACUCUUCAUCAACUUCAUACCCCAUCAUCUUCUCACCUUACUUACACACCUAACUCCAUUGAGAGACUUGUGAAUAUGACAUUGGGAACUCACGGUAAAAAGAGAUUGGUCGGCGUUUUUUUUUUUUUUUUCUCUUCUUUCUUUGCUUGAAUCAUGAUUUCCAUCCACUACCCUGCAUGUUCUUGUUUCUUCCCCUUUGUGCUUUAUUUGCUCUUUUUAUCUGGUUUUGUGCUUGGCGACUACUGUGUACUAACUCUGGGAAGGAAGGAGGCGGGCGGGGCUUUGACUAUUGCGAUUCUUUUCAUUUUUUUUCCCCCUCUUUCUCUGUUUGUCACUUCUUCGUUGGGGAACAGGGUGAUCCUACUUUACAGACUUGAUACCACUUUUUGUACAGGGUUGUCCCCCUUGUGUUUGUGUUAUGGUUUCCAUCUUGGUUUCAACUUUAUUGCUUUGAUGUCCGAUCCUUCGACCUGUGAACAUGGUGGAACUGUCUGUCUAGGGGGACGAAGACGAUAGUCGGGCGCCGAGACCAGGUCGUUGGUUCUACGUUAUCUUCACUUCUACUUCGACUUUUACUUCUACUUAUACUUAUACUUCUU